AAAGUGGAAAACCAACUUGACGGUUUAGAGUUUUUAUCAAAACAAUUAAAUCCGAUGAUUAACCUUUUCUAUUGUGAUGAGUUUUCCACUCAUAAGUUUAAUCCACUGGUGAGACAAUAAUCUAUAUGAUUACCGUUAAUCAACAAUUAGAAAGAGAAGUUAAAUUUUUUUCUUACCUUUUUGUAUGUUCACUUGUUUUCUACUUUCGGACUUAACCCAGAAAAAAAAGUCACUUGAUAUUUGGCCUAUUCUCUUAUAGUGUAUGUGUGUAUCUCCAUCCGUUUUUCGUGUCUCAUGUUUCUGCUUUGGGAUAAUCUGUUAAUUCCUUGAUAAUCGUUAAUCUCUUCUAUGUGUUACUUGUUCCAUCUCUGGUUUUAAUUUUGAUUAAUCAACAAAACUUCAACGAUCCUAACGAUGAUUCCAUCAUGUUUUAAAUUAUCUUCAUCUUCAUCUUUCACCAGCAACACCAGAAUACUGAAAAUAAUGAACAUCUUAUCAAUUCCUUGUAAUCUUUUACUCUUAAUCUUAAUCUCUUAUCCACCUUCAACCUUAGGUUUUUCACAAUACUUUUCGGAGACACCAACCCACAAUUUAACAAUUGCCGAAGGUUCUAGCGCAACAUUACCCUGUACAGUGAGAAACCUGCAAGGAGCUUGCGUUUGGAACCAUAAUACUAGAGCCGUUUGGACAAAUAGACCUUCUAAUGGUGAUUGUAGCUAUAAAAUAAACAAAGUAUCACUUGAAAAGCAUGAAGGACUCUGGCAAUGUCAAGUGACACCACCUUAUGAGGGAGUAGGUGAAGGCCUUGUAUCCAUGCCGAUCACAAUAACGGUCCUAGUAAGACCUGAUAGGCCACAUAUUGAAAGAUCGCCUAAACAUGCUCAAACCAUUCCCAUUACGGCAAAUUCAAGUGAAGUGAUUACCUGUAAUGUUUACAAUGGAAACCCUUUACCAAAAAUUGAAUGGUUCCUCAAUGAUAAAAACAUAACUGACCAGGCCACUUCUCGGACUACAGUUCCCGGCACGGCAACCGGAAAGAAAGAUACCUUGACGAUGUCAGAAUUAAAAUAUCAAUUCACCCAAGAGCACAAUAAUCAAACUCUAUCUUGUCAAGCUAAUCACCAAACUGGAUCAACCUAUGAUGCAGUUACAAUUAAAGUUCUUUAUAUACCAAUUCUAUCGGUACCCAAACCCGUUUACUCUGUGAAAGAGGGAUCCGAGAUUCGUAUUGAUUGUAAAGUUGAUGCCAAUCCACCGGCAACAGUAUUUUGGAAAGACCAAGCAAGAGGUGCACCCGUGUUGUCGGAAAAUCCCGCUGUCCUUUGGUUCAGAGAGGCCAAACGGGAUAUGAACGGAGCUAUUUUUGAAUGUUUCGCUCAAAAUGAGAAGGGAGUUGCCAGGCCAGUUCCCGUCCGAAUUGACGUUCUAUAUCAACCUCAUUCAGUUAAUUAUUCAACUGAACAAUCAGUUCAAACUGGUAAAUCUAUCAAAUUAUAUUGUUUCUUUGAUGGUAAUCCUAAACCCGAAGUCCAUUGGUACCAAAUUGACCCACGAACAAGUCAACAUCAUCGUAUCGAUAUGCCUUCAGAUAACAAUCAAAUCUUGUUAAUCGCAAAUGCAACUUAUUCACAUGAAGGUAAAUACUAUUGCCAAGCGACCAAUAUAAUUAACGACGUAACCAACGUAAUUAAAAGUCCACCAAUGAUGCUUGAUAUUUAUGGUGCACCCGCUUUCCCUCAUAUGGAGCCAAUGCUGGUUGAAGGUCCUCGAGGUCAAAAGAGCCAUUUAACACUUGAUUUCUGUUGUGACCCAGCGCCGAACGCUGUCCACUGGUACUAUGGGUCAACCCAAUUAGAUGUUAAAGCAAUUUCAUACCCUGAAAGCGACAAUGUACCAGCUAAUAACAGUUUACUUCGUCAUCGAAUUUUACCUUUGAACAACAUUCAAAGUAAAAAUUCACCGUCCGAACAAUUUAAAUGUUACGAGGCUCAAUUAGAGAUUCGUGAUACUGACCUUAACGAUGAACGUGAUUACACCUUAGUGGUUAAAAAUCAAUAUGGAACGGCCACUCGAAUUGCUCGAUUAAAAGUUGUCUCACCGCUUUCGCUUGGUUUUGUUAUUGGUACCGUUUUGGUGGUCAUUUUUGCGACAAUCUUGUUAAGCUUUUUACUUAUGGUGUUGAUGAAAUGCCAGCGUAAACCUAAAGAUGCCGGUGAUGAAGAAUCGGGUGAAGAUUCACAGGCACUGUCACAAUCAAUAAACACCAAUAAUUCCGAUCCAAUUAAAACUAAACCUCCUUCAGAAAAGGGUAACCCAGAAAACUAUGAAAUGGUUUAUGCAAACCUUGAAUUCACUAAUAACGCUGAAAAUGGAGGCGGACGUCCAAUCCCUCCGACAACUAAACCUAAGCCCGUUAUUCAAUCACGAACUAGUCUUCGUGGUAAUGGUACACCAGCGGGCAAUUUGGCCGGUGUAAUGAUGGCCAAUCAACAGGCAGUUGCAGCAAUGGCAGCUCACCAACAACAGAAUCAACAUCAAUUACCAAAUAAUCAACACAAUAAUCAUAACAAUCAACAACAUCCAGCGAGCUUACAUGGUACCGAAUAUGCCAAGAUCUCUUUUCCAACCAAAGCAGAUCUCUAAGAUAAUUUAGAACAGAAAAAAAAGAAUUAGAACAAAAUUCUAUUUUCGUCUUAAAAUUUUCUUUUCUUUUUUUCGAAAUGUUCUCCUUCUCUUUCUCUUUCUUACCUUUUUUCUCAUCAACCAUCACACACACACACAAUCCACCUUCUCAAUCACCUUAAAUUUUAAUUACUCUUCUUACAUCAUCAUCUUACCUUCUUAAAAACAUCAACUCAUACAAAUUAAUGUAUCAACCUUUUAAUUAUCUUUGGAAACUUUGAUAAUAAACAAAAAAAGAAAAAACUUUUCUCUUUUUGAACAUUUCCAAUUCUCUCAUAUCGAAUGAGAAAGAUUAUCACUCGAUCGAAUCUAUUACUUCGAGCUUUAUGAUUUUCGAUUACAAUCAAAGAAAAUCCCAUCAAUCAGUUAAUUUCUUUCGAGUUAAUUUAGUUUUAAUUGUUGGGAAAAUAAAUUUCGAAUACACAACAACCAGUUGCGCCAUCUAGUUCUCUAUCUUAUCAAUACAAUUAAACUUUUUUUCUUCUGAAAUUUAAUAUUAAUUUUUAUUGGAACAUUAAUUUUGAUUUAAUUCCUGAAAAAAAACAAGGAAAUAAUUGAGAACAAUUGAAAUUGAUUAAUAGAUGACCUUCAAUCGUGAUCAUUUCAUUGUAAAUGAUGCAAGAGAAUGAUGAAUCUUUCAACUAAAUAACAAUUGACUUUUUCAUUAGAUUUAACUAAUUAGUUUUCCAUUGAAAGUUUCAACUGAUCAAUUGAAGUUAAUUAUUGAUUUGAGAAAAUGUUUCAUCCAAAAUGUAUGUUAACUUUUCUACUUGUAAAUUGUUUUCUUUUCAAUAAUUUGGUAAAAUGUUCUGACGAUGAUGAUAAUCAAGGUUCGGAUGAAGAUUCAAAGGAAAUUGAACUUUUCAUGAGAUUAAUGAUCAAAAGUAGUCAGAAAAGUUUGAAACGUUUACUUGAAAGAAUUGAUAUUGGAUCGAUUUCGAGUCCACAAUGUAAUUCAUCUUGGAAUCAAUUCAUGGCCGAUAAUCAGUUAACCCCUGAAAGAUUUUCAUCCGUUCUUGAAGAUUAUAAAUCAGGGAAUCAUGAGAAGAUUGUUAAACUUGUUCGACCUGAACAAUGUCUCAACAAUACUAAUGGUCAAUUCUGUCAGAUUGACCAUGUGACCAAUGUAACAAUUAAAUCGCAACCAAGAACUUUCGAUUUGACUUAUGCUCUUUGCUUUCCAAGAGGAUGUUCAGCUAUUGAACUGAAUGAUAUUAUGAAUUCUCUGACAAGUUCAUUGAAAGGAACCAUGAUUCAAAUUCGUAUGGAUGUCACUAAAUGUAUCAGUUCAAUGGAAAAUGUAAACAAAAUGGAAAUCGAUACUGUACAGAAAAUGUUAUCGAAACUAUCGGGUGGACCCAAUCAAACUCUGGAAUCACCUUUGUUCAAGUUACCCACUCAAGGGAACUUGGAAUCAAUUUCAUCAAUUAUUCCAACAGGUAUUGGAUAUUCAACCGAUUCUGGGAAAAAUGCUCCAAAUGAUUUUCCAAUAUUUUCCUUUGAAAAUCUUCCAAUUUCAGGAAAACCACCAAUCGAACCACAACUUCCACCCACCACCACCACCACCACCACAACCCCUCCACCUUUACUAACCUCAAUCGCUAAACCUCAAGGUAAUAGAAGGUCAAAUAUGAUCACGAAACAAAUGAGACCAUUUGUCGUUUACGACAACGAUGAUGACGAUUAAAGAGACAAUCACAUUGUAAUUCCUUCUCAUCCCAAUCCCAUUGAACAAAAUUCGUUCAAAAACCCUAAUACUAAUUUAGAAAAUUAAAUUUCAAUUUUGUCCAUUCAAUAAA